AUGGGAAAAGCCAAAUCAUUCUUCACAGGUGCUAAAGAAAAGCUGACAAGGACUUUCCAGGUGUUCAAGCGUCGACACCUGUUUCAACACCAGGGAUCUGACAACCUAUAUUCUGUGCACCAUGGGCCAGAAGCUAGUUCUGACGACUCUGACACCGAGCAGCUGAUACAGCAAGAUGACCACGCUGCUCCUGCACCGCCUGUUCUUCCCGAUAACACCCUGAUCUCUGCUGAACCUCAAUCGACGCUGAAGUACGUGAACACACACUACAUGGAUGGUUCAAGCGAUGCUGAUUACGACUCCAUUGCAGACUCCGCUGAACAAAUGUCUGAAGAGGGGCAUAGACGCGCUGAUGACAACAUAGCCUUGCGCCGAAUCGACUCCGAAGUGACAACUACUAAGCUCCCUGACAAUCCGGACUCAGAUGAGUCCGCGACCAGUUCCGACGCGGCAAAUACUUUGGCGAACUUCCCGGAAGCCCCUGAAAUGAGCGGCGAAGAGGGCGACAUCUUGGGCGGGAAUCUGCCUGAGGGCCGCACCCUCCGCCAUAGGCAUUGUCGUUCUCUCACGGACUGGCUCGAAGGCCGAACCGGAUCCCUUUCAAGUGCCGCGCCAUCAUCUCGACAUCUCUCAUCCGGAAAUUCCAGCACAGAUACUUUUGCAUGCUGGAGAAAUCGUCGACCAAACCAUGGGCUUGCAUCUACUGGCGAGUCUGACCCAUUUUUGGACGACCAGCCAGCACCUGAACCUCAGCCUGAACCUGAACAACCCGCCGCAACGACUCCGCAAGACCUUGACAAUGACGCUCCGUUCAACUGGGCAGAAGAGUACGACAAAUUCUCGUCCGACGGCAAACAACGCAAAGUGGAGCAGACUGCUCCCGGCGAAUUUUCACUUCAGCCUCGCGAAUACCGCCUUAACACCCCCGGUCCACGCCAGGAUCCUGAGGAUGUCAGAGUCCUCAAGCUUCGCUGGCGGGAUCAAGUCGCAGCAGCAAGGGCCAGAGUGCCAGAUUCAGCCACGCCUGUGGCUGCCGGGAAUGCCUAUGCCUACGGGGUAAACGUCGGGGCGGCCCAGCCUGUUCCUUUCCAACCGGGAGCCGCGGUUCGCGAAGUCCAGAUUCGCAUGGAAGCUAUGCAUCAAGCUUUCUGGAAAGUGGAUGAGGCUCUCCGUCAACUCGAUCGUGAGAACCAGAUGCACCAGCAGAAUGUGAGAUUCCUGGUGGACAGAAAUCAAGCUCUGGAGCAUGAACUGAAGAUCGUACGGGCAGCUGUCAGAGACCGGGAUGCGGAGCUUGAGCAAUUGCGUGCGGCGGUCGACAUUGCAAACCAGGCUUUGCAACUUGUUCAACGUCCACACCAGUCUCCGCAGAAUGGUCCGUCUGGCAACGCUGUCCGUUCUCCUCCCCCGGUACUUCGCCUUACUCCCCCACUGACGUCCUGGAACCGAAGCGGUUCUAUGACCCCCCAGACCUCUUCCACCCAGGGGGACUCUGGCGGGAGCACGGGAACCGUGGUCCACCACGAAGUGGCCGAGCAAGUAUUCGACCCCGGUGCGGAUGAGGGAUCAAGCGAGACCUCUGACAUAUACGGCGGCGACAAGUACGACGGCGGUGACGAGCUGCAGGACGACGACGAGGACUGGGUCGACACGGAUGACAGUUCCGAAGACGACGGCGAAGGAGGCGGCAUGGAUCUCAGCUAUGAUGACCCAGCCAGCCGGCCUGAUCGUUUCGGUUUUCGAGAAACUGCUUCGGAGAGCGCUCUUCAGGACUUUCAGACGAGGCCACCUCCUGAGCGUCGGCCCCAAACCUGUUGA